AUGGUCGGCGUGCAUGUUAAGCGGGUAACCGUCAUUGGCGCCGGCCCGGCAGGGGCCAUUGCGGUCGACGCGCUGGCGCAAGAAAAGGCUUUCGGCAUUAUCCGUGUCUUCGAGCGCCGUGAGGCCCCAGGGGGCUGCUGGAUUGGCGACUCAUCCCAGCCUCCAACGCUUUCUGAUUUCGCAUCUCUGGCCACGAGAACUGCUGAUACCCCAUUGCCUAUUCCUGAGGAACUGCCCGCGCAGACGCCGAAGUCCGACCAGCCUCGUUUUUCUGAGUCAUCCAUUUACCCGUACCUGGAAACAAAUAUUGACUGCUUGCCCAUGCAGUUUAGCCAGGAGCCUAUUCCAAAGGAGCGGAGUGAGCUCUCUAUAUCGCGCUACGGACCUGAGACCCCGUUUCGCAGGUGGGACGUAGUUCAAAGAUACAUCAAAGGUUUGGUGGAGCGCAGGGGCUACAGCGACUGGAUUUCAUACAAUACCACAGUGGAGCGGGUCGAGAAGGUGGGAGCGGAGUGGAAAGUAAUACUCCGAAAGGAUGGACAGCACAGUGAUUAUUGGUGGGUUGAGUGGUUUGACGCCGUUGUCGUGGCGAAUGGGCACUACUGGGUACCAUACGUACCCUCAAUAGAGGGCCUAGAGGAGUUCGAGAAGGCGAGGCCAGGAAGUGUGCUCCACAGCAAGCAUUUCCGUGGUCAAGCGGCAUUUGCGGGCAAGCGAGUAGUCAUUGUGGGAGCAUCUGUUUCAGCGGCCGACAUCGCAUUCGAUCUUGCAGAAGUAGCAAAGGCUCCAGUACAUGCAAUCACAAUCGGACAUGGAGCUAAUGGGUACUUUGGCGACGAGGCGUUCAAGAACCCCAGGAUACAAAACCAUCCAUCAAUAGAGCGGGUCUCAAACAGGACUGUACAUCUGGUGGAUGGCAACAGCAUCACGGAUGUUGAUCAUAUCAUCUUUGGCACAGGCUACAGCUGGACGCUGCCAUUUCUACCACAAGUUCCAGUUCGCAACAACCGGGUCCCCGAACUGUAUCAGCAUGUUGUUUGGCAAAGAGACCCGACGCUGUUGUUCAUCGGCGCCGUCGCGGCUGGUCUGACGUUCAAGGUUUUCGAAUGGCAAUCGGUUCUUGCUGCCCGGCUGCUUGCCGGUCGAGCCACUCUACCACCUCUGGACGAGAUGAGAAGAUGGGAAGCAGAACGUAUCAAGGCUCGCGGUGAUGGUGUGAAAUUUACGCUGCUCUUCCCGGAUUUCGAAGACUACUUCGAGACUGUCAGACGCCUAGCUGGUGAGAGAGAAGAGGGUAAAGGCCGCCAGCUGCCUAAGUUCCGCCGUGAAUGGGUGAGGGCAUUCCUCGACGGACACGAUCGCCGCAAGAAUAUGUGGAAGAAGUUGAAUGAAAAUUCUCGGGCUGCUUUGAGGAAUACUGAAGCUAUCCAGAAGCGAUCUCGGCUCUGA